CGGGGGAGGGGACUCCUUUAACUUAGUGGCUCGGCGUCUGGGACCCGCGGUGACAUUCCGCUCCGCUCAGCAAGCAGGCCAGCGCCUCCGGUCAGGAGAGGGAGAGCAGCGCAGAAGGUCCGCGCAGAGCCACCGCCGCAGGGACCGACCGCGGGUCCUGAUGGCGGGAACCGAGUCCCCCCAAGAUGUGUCCCAGCCGUCGCGCUUGCCGCAAGGUUUCCCCGUCUCUGGCGAGCUCCUUGCCGCCGCCCUGCUGCUCCUGGCCUUAGUCUAUCUGAUGCCCCGACGCGCCAGGCGACCUGGAGAGCCUCCCUUGAUAAAAGGUUGGCUUCCUUAUCUUGGUAUGGCCCUGAAAUUCCAAAAGGAUCCAUUAAAUUUAAUGAAAACUCUUCAGAGAAAGUAUGGUGACAUUUUCACUCUUCUACUUGGGGGUAAGUAUAUAACUUUUGUUCUNGACCCUUUCCUCUUCCAAUUUAUAGUGAAAAACCCCAAACAAUUAAGCUUUCGUAAGUUUAGUAAAAGAAUAUCAGCUAAAGUUUUCACUGUCAAGAAGAUGAUGACUGAUGAGGACUUGGGAGAAGAUAUUCACGGGGCCUUUCAUCUUUUACAAGGCAAAGCUUUGGAUAGUCUCUUGGAAAACAUGAUCCAGAUUCUAAACCAAAUAUUUGAGUCCAAGCUACUAAAAACUACAAAUUGGAAAACAGAAAGAAUGUUUCCAUUCAUCAGUUCAUUGGUAUUUGAGACCACAUUUACAACCAUAUAUGGAAAAAUCCUUGCUGGUGACAGGGAAAAAAUAAUUGGUGACCUAAGAGAUGAUUUUUUUAAAUUUGAUGACAAGUUCCCAUACUUGGUAUCUGACAUACCCAUUCAGUUUCUAGGAAAUGUAAAAUCCAUACGGAAGAAACUUAUAAAAUGUUUGACAUCAGAAAAAUUAACUACGCUACAAGGAUCCUCAGAAAUUGUUCACAGGAGGCAAGAUAUCCUGGAGAAAUAUUAUAGGGUUGAGGACUUUGAAAUAGGAGCACAUCAUCUUGGCUUGCUCUGGGCUUCUGUGGCAAACACUAUUCCAGCUAUGUUCUGGACAAUGUAUUAUCUUCUGCAGUACCCAGAAGUCAUGAAAGUACUGCGUGACGAAGUUGAAGGCUUGCUGCAGUCAACAGGUCAAAAGAUAGGGCCUGGACUUUCUCUCUGCUUCGACAGAGAACAAUUGGACAGCCUGGUCUGCCUAGAAAGCACCAUCCUGGAGGCUCUGCGAUUGUCAUCGUUUUCAAGUGUCUUUCGUUUUGUUGAAGAGGAUAUGUCUCUGGAUUUGGAGAUUGACAAAUACUGCCUGCGGAAGGGAGACUUUGUAGCCAUCUUUCCUCCAGUGGUACAUUGUGACCCUGAAGUCUUUGAAGCUCCAGAGGAAUUUAGGUUUGAUCGUUUCCUAGAAGAUGGUAAGAAGAAAAAAAACUUUUUCAAACGGGGAAAAAAGCUGCAGUACUUCAUGAUACCAUUUGGACUCGGAGCCAGCAAAUGUCCAGGCCGAUACUUCGCAAUUGCUGAAAUUAAAAUGUUGUUGAUUAUGUUUUUAACUUAUUUCGAUUUAGAAGUAAUUGACAAGAAGCCUAUAGGACUAAACUACAGCCGCUUGUUUUUUGGUAUUCAGCAUCCCGAUUCUGAUAUUUCAUUUAGGUAUAAAGCAAAAUCUUAGAGGAGCUAGAAGGGAGGAAAAGGAGUCAUCAAAGUCAACCUCAAAGUGCUAAGCUCUUCAAUUUAUUUUUAUUUCCUGCAAAUGCAAUUGCCAUGCUCAUUUGUUUGAAAAGAGCUAAUUUGUAUUUGAUCAGUCCAGUUUGUGCUUGGUCACAAAAUCUAUCAUAAAAUAAAAAAGGGUGGUGGCUUAAAAAUGGGCACAGAGAUCAGCCUCAUGAUAAGUUCAAAAUA